AUGACAAAUAAACUUUUUAUGAUUUGUCUUCUCACUGGUCUUAUUUGUGCAUAUUGUGAAUAUUAUUGGAUGCGAAAUGGUUAUCGAACACUUGCAUUUGUUGCAUCGAAAUGUCCAAAACCUGUUCGAACACAAUUACAAAUUCAACAACAAGAAAAUAAUUCUACAAAAACCGAAUCAAUUUUCAAUUGGUUUUGGAAUAUAUUUACAACAACUAAAGAUAAACCAAUCGUUCCUAUUGUUUGUGAAACAUUUGAAAUUCAUACAGAUCCACGUUCAACAUUUAUUCUUAUUAAAACAUUUUGUUUAAUUGGUCUUACAUUUAAACUUAUAUCAAGUUUAAAAACAGUUCCAAUUCUACUUCGAGCACGUAAUGCUGCGAUGAAAGAAUCAAAUUUAAUUUCAUCGAUGCCGAAAGGAGAUGGAAUUGUUCAACAAUCAAAAUUAUUCGAAACAUCUAAUGGAAAAAUUGGACUUGUUACUACAACUAUCGAUAAACGAAACUUAUCUAUUCGAUAA